UACUGCGGGCCGCUAUAUUCAAUCGCAAUUUUUGUUUUCAAGUUGGAGGCGUGUUAGACUUACUUCUGUGAUUUUUUGGAAUUUUCAGUCACUGCGGUGUGCGAAACUGGAGAGGCUGCGCCUGGAGUUGUAAUUUUUCAAUUUGUGUUUUCAAGGAGUCGCUGCGAACGGCGCAUAAAUCAUUGUACGGACAAUUUUGAAAAAGAGUUUGGUAACCUAUCUCUCAAAUUCCUCUAAAGUACAUCUUUCUACCAAUUAAUUAUUAAGCAAAACACAUCAAAAUGUCAACAGUAGAUAAGGAAGAAUUAGUUCAAAAAGCAAAACUUGCCGAACAGUCGGAGAGGUAUGAUGACAUGGCACAAGCUAUGAAAUCUGUCACAGAAACUGGUGUAGAAUUGUCAAAUGAAGAAAGGAAUUUACUUUCAGUCGCAUACAAAAAUGUUGUUGGUGCCCGCAGAUCAUCUUGGCGUGUAAUUUCAUCUAUCGAACAAAAGACCGAAGCAUCCGCCAGAAAGCAGCAACUCGCCAGAGAGUAUAGAGAACGCGUGGAAAAAGAACUUAGGGAAAUUUGUUACGAAGUUCUGGGUCUACUGGACAAAUAUUUGAUUCCCAAAGCAAGUAAUCCUGAAAGUAAAGUCUUCUAUCUAAAAAUGAAGGGCGAUUACUACAGGUAUCUAGCUGAAGUAGCAACUGGAGAUGCACGUAACAGUGUAGUAGAUGACUCUCAAGCUGCAUAUCAGGACGCGUUUGAAAUUAGCAAGGGAAAAAUGCAGCCAACACAUCCAAUACGAUUGGGUCUUGCACUUAACUUCUCAGUCUUCUAUUAUGAGAUCCUUAAUUCACCAGAUAAAGCUUGCCAAUUGGCCAAACAGGCAUUUGAUGAUGCGAUAGCUGAAUUGGACACACUCAAUGAAGAUUCGUACAAAGAUUCAACGUUAAUCAUGCAGCUAUUGAGGGACAAUCUUACGCUUUGGACAUCAGACACACAAGGGGAUGGCGAUGAACCACAAGAAGGUGGUGACAACUAACAAAACUAAAAUAUAUGUUCCCUUUUGAUUAUUAUGUAACAGCAUACACACAAAAAGCUAAAAAUCCAGAAUUCAUAAAUACAAUUUACGAGAGAGACAAAUGAAAACAAACUGAAAAGAAGGAAGUUGUGGCGAUUGACGUAAACUUGACAUCCAGAAACAUGCUAUAAGGUGGAAAGAUUAUUCAUAGAAAAGAAUAUUAGCUGAAUGAGAAAAAAAAACAUAUUGGGGAAGAGGAAGAAAGAGAACAUCGGUGAAAACACCUUCACUGUUUUGCUUUUGUUUAACUAUCAAAAUCAUUAAAAAAUUGUAUCACGAAAAAGGCCAGAAACAAUAUUACAGACGAAGAUUUGUAUGUUUAUAUUCGUUUUGAGAUAUAUUGUCAAUAUUUAUACUCUUUCAAUUUAAUUUUCUCUAAUUUUAAUUAUUGGAACCCGCUUUUUUACAUUGUAAAAAAUAAGAUAUUUGUCGAAAAAUAUCAUUUGUCUUAUUUUUAUAAAGAAAAAUUAUUUUACAAGGCAAUUUGUCAUAACAUAAUGCCUUUUCCAUUCUAGUUUGCCCUUUAGUAACGAUCAUUCGCACGUAUUCUUCUUUAUGUAUAAAAAAUAUGAGGAUACUAAAAAUUGUCCCAGAGAAGAACAGCCUCUCUACAGAAUUUCGUCUUUUUCUUGUUUUUUUUUAUGUCAUAACAUUUUGUUAAUUAUUUGUAAAGUGAAAAAUGUAAAAGUCAACUCUAGUAUUUCACUUCGUUUUCGGUAAGUCGAGAGAAAUUUCUUGUUAAAAGAUUGUGAGAGGACUGCUUUUGCAAAAAAUAAGAUAAAGAAAUGUUGUGUAUAUUAAUAGAGGCGAUAUUAUAUAGUUUCAAAACAGGCAUUUUCCAGAACAUCAGACUUAAAACAUUAAACAAACAAAACCAGAUCGAAAUUGAGAUCACACUAUUUAAGAGAAUCUAUUUAAUAUAGAUGGAAUUAUAAAGAAAACAAUCGCUUUUUUAUAUUCAGAGUGGAGAUGUCAUUUCAAGUCUAUCAUUUUAAAGUUUUCUAUAGGUAAGAGAAUGGUCGAAAUUAUAAUUUUGCUUUAUCUACAUAUGAUUUAAUGGGACUGUACAUUCUCAAAUUAUUAUGUGCAAUUUGUGAAUUUAUACAUCUCUUAGCAGAUUAUAAUAAGAACAUCACUUGCUUUUACAGGGAUUGAGCAUCUAAUGAAAACUACCCUUUUUUCUUCUACAGUUUUUUAAAACACUAAAUAUCUGCGUUCUCGAGUUGCUGAUAGAUGUGAUAUGAACCCUUAGUCACUCGUUUUUUCGUCAGAUAUUUAUUUUCAUUUGCAUAAAUCGUGAUAUUACGGAAAUAUACUUUGUACAUAUUUAUUUUUUCCUUUAUAUGGUUGAAAAUUCUGUAAUAAGAAUGAAAACGAACAUAUUUUUCCAUGCUUUUUGGGUUUAGAACUGUUUACUAUAAAUGUCAUCAAAUUAACAAAAAGGAAACAAGCUUUGUAGGCAUAAAAAAAGACAGUUCAUAUUUUUGACGACUGAAAGGAAAGUGAGGAUUUAUCGUAAUGGAACAUUUUCCUGUUAAUACGCCUGGCGAACGUUAUGUUAUUAAUUUUUAUUUCAUAUACAUAUAUACAAAACAAUUUUCAAUUAUAAGAGAAAUUAGUGAGAACAUCAGGAACAAUAUACUGUCCAAAACUAUCAGGAAAUCCUACUUUAAAAAAUAUUUUUCUUACGGAUGGCUUUGAAUUCCAGGUUAGGUUCUUUCUUCUUUAAAUGUGACACUCAUAAUAUUUCUUACCAUGUUUUUUAAUCAUACUGACAACAUUCUUUUUCGUAAAAAACAUUUCAUUCUUUGGUGGGAUCCUUUUUUUUUAAACCGAGUCAUACCAAAUAUUCUUGAAAAAUGUGAAAUCAAGAUUAGAAGAUUUGCGAAGAUGAUGGGGAUAAUGAAUAAUGUCCUUUUUAUAGGUAUGUGAAUGUGAGGUUUCUUUGUGGGAUUUUUCAUGUUCAGUUUUAUAUAUCGUCAAAAGAUCGGAAAAUAUGCAAAACAUUUUCACUUACGUUCACAAGCAACAUACAUUUUUCUUGGAAUGCAUACCUAUAUGCGUCGUCUUUUGAUAUCUUUCUUAUUGCCUCCAAAACGUCAUAAUUUAAUUCGAAUGUGAAUACGGAUAGAUUUGUAUCGAAUGACCCAUUCCUUGUAACUUAUGACAUCUUUAUAUAGAUUGACCAAAAGGUAAGCAGGCGAGUCGAUUUUGCUUUCUACUUUUUUAGUCAGUGCUAAUUUCAAUCUUUAUAUUAGACUUGAAGUCGUUCAUUCUAUAGUACGUAAAACUAAAUACCUGUAUCAGGUAUAUUGUUUAUUUUCGAUUUUAUUAUAAAUGCCUUUAUUUAGAUGACUUAAUGACUUGUUUAAUGAACCUGUAGAGUUUGCGCACACGUUUAUCGACAUCUAGUAAAUAAACUUGGUGAGCUUAUUUUUUAUGGAAAUAAUCGAAAUACAAUACUUGGAGAAGCU